CCCUAGAAAAGAUAACCAGACGUAGCCCACCGCAGAGUAGGGUAUUUUCUUUUCUUUUAUCCAAAGUUGAAAUUUCUUUUCCUGGAUGGCGGAGCAGCAAUAGAUAGCCAAGAAUGAAAGAGAGUUUUCACCUUCAUAAAUACAACCAAGUUUUUCCAAUGAACCCAACUUGCCUUCGAUUGUUGAACCCUUCAUUUUCAAUAUUGUCGUUUUUAGAAUUUUGAUUUUCACUUUCAAUUAUCUGAUUGUACAGUGAAAAAAGCACAAGAACCCAACUGUGCCAAAACCAGAACCGGGCAACAUGAAGUUCGGGAAGGAGUUUACAUCUCAAAUGGUGCCGGAAUGGCAAGAAGCAUACAUGGACUAUGGUUUUCUCAAGACCCGUUUAAAAGAAAUCCAUGGUUUCAAGCAGCGGGCCAGACCACCAGCCACCCCAGGUGGUCUGAAACGAAAGCUCACACUGUAUCGAGCUUUCAGUGGUUUGGUCCAUAGGCACAACCACCCCACCAGUCCGUCUUCACCGGAUAUCGAAGAGCAACCGAUUUUAGUUAACUCCGUCGACCGUAACGGUUCCCGGAGCUACGAAACGACUUUCCUUAUGCAAGCCGACGAUGGGGCAGAGUACGAGUUGGUGUUUUUUAGAAGAUUGGAUGAUGAGUUCAAUAAGGUGAACAAGUUCUACAAGUCCAAGGUGGAAGAAGUGACCAAAGAGGCAGAGAUCUUGAACAAGCAAAUGGAUGCUUUGAUUGCUUUCAGAAUCAAAGUGGAGAACCCUCAAGGAUGGUCGUGGGAAGACAGGUCCGGCGAGAUGACCCGUCUUGCUUCUGACGUGGCCGCCUCAACCGCCGCCUUGGCUGCUUCGACUCCAGCUGGUGCCAGGGCAAGCAGGAGAGUUGAACACAUGGAAGUCAUUGAAGAAGGACCAAGCAGACAUGAAGAAUCAGAUGAGGAUAAAGAAGAAAUUGUUCAAGUUCAAAAGCCAGUGAACAAUGACCUUAAGGGUCGUAAACCAGCUCCGUUGCAAAUUCUAAACCGUGUUAAAAUCAACAACACUCUCGAGACACCUCGAUCAACCAUUAAAGGUUUUCUAAACGUACCUAAGCAGACUGAGCUGAAGUUUAAUAGGGAAAAUCUUAAGAAAGUUGAGGGCCAACUUAAGCUAGCUUUUGUUGCAUUCUAUCAAAAACUGCGCCUUCUCAAGAGUUUUAGCUUCUUAAACACAUUAGCCUUCUCAAAAAUCAUGAAAAAAUAUGACAAGAUCACUUCAAGGAACGCUACGAAAUCUUACAUGAAUAUGGUGGAUAAUUCUUACCUAGGGAGCUCCGACGAGGUUACCAAACUUAUGGAGAGAGUAGAAGCUACAUUCAUCAAGCAUUUCGCAAACUCGAACCGCAGUAAAGGAAUGAGCGUUUUAAGACCAAAAGCUAGGAAACAAAGACAUAGAAUAACAUUUUUUACUGGUUUCUUUGCUGGAUGCACAUUUGCUCUCCUAAUAGCACUUAUUUUGAUUGCUCGUGCCCGAGAUAUCAUGGGAGAGGAAGGAAGGAUCCAGUACAUGGAAACCAUGUUCCCUCUUUACAGUUUAUUUGGAUUCAUUGUUCUACACAUGCUUAUGUAUGCUGCCAAUGUAUACUUAUGGAGGCGGUAUCGGGUUAAUUAUGCCUUCAUAUUCGGUUUCAAGCAGGGAUCUGAGCUAGGCUAUAGAGAAGUGCUGCUUGUAAGCUUUGGUAUUGCAGUGCUGGCACUAACUAGUGUGCUUUCAAAUCUUGACAUGGAGAUGGAUCCGAAAACAAAGGAUUACGAAGCAUUCACUGAAAUCAUCCCUUUGAUCUUGGUGGUGAUUAUGUUUAUCAUACUCUUCUUGCCAUUCAACAUCUUAUAUCGAUCCAGUCGACUCUUCUUCCUAACAUGUUCGUUCCAUUGUAUCUGUGCCCCUCUUUACAAGGUCACUCUACCAGAUUUCUUCCUUGCAGAUCAGUUAACUAGCCAGGUGCAAGCACUACGGAGCCUCGAGUCCUACAUUUGUUACUACGGUUGGGGAGACUUCAGACACCGACGAAACACCUGCAACACCAGCGAUGUAUUCAACACGUUCAGCUUCAUUGUGGCGGUGAUCCCGUAUUGGUCUCGCCUCCUUCAAUGCCUGCGUCGCUUGUUCGAAGAGAAAUCCCCCGAGCAAGGACACAACGGAUUGAAAUAUUUCAUCACCAUCGUCGCCCUUUGCUUAAGAACUGCUUACAGUCUUAACAAGGGGUUAAGCUGGAAAGUAUUAGCCGUCAUUUUCUCGGUUGCUGCUGCAAUUUUCAGUACUUAUUGGGACCUUGUCCACGACUGGGGACUCCUGCACCAGAAGUCGAAGAACCGAUGGCUGAGAGACAAACUCCUUAUCCCUAACAAAAGCGUAUAUUUUGGUGCCAUGGUUCUGAAUGUUGUGCUGAGAUUUGCGUGGCUGCAAUCAGUGUUCAACUUCAACUUGUUUGAUUUGCAUAAACAAACGUUGGUGACCAUAGUGGCUAGCUUGGAGAUCAUCCGACGUGGCAUGUGGAAUUUCUUCAGGAUAGAAAACGAGCAUUUGAACAACGUGGGGAAGUACCGUGCAUUCAAAUCAGUGCCGUUACCUUUCAACUAUGAUGAAGAUGAAGACAAAGAGGAAUAGGAUGUUCAAAUUCAACCAAAAGCUAUUACUAUUUUUUUCUUUUCUUAAUGUGUAGAAGCUGUUUAUCCUACAAAUUCUGGGACUCAAAUCUUUUGUAUUGUAAAUGCAUUUAUCAAAUAUAUCUUGAUUCAAUCACGAUUAACCCAUAA